AUGGGGGGACGGCAGCCAUCUAAAUGGGCAGUACAUCUCAAGAUGGGAUACAUGGGUGAGAAAGAAUUCAACGAGUUUUUGGAGAGUGGAGAAUCCCACCUUGCUGUCGUCCACUUUUCAGCAAAAUGGUGCGGGCCUUGCAAAAUGAUUCGUCCUCUUGUUCACGAGUUGGCUGUUCGGUAUGAAAACGUGUUAUUCGGCAGCGUUGAUGUGGACUUGGCAGAGGAUGUGGCUCACCUUUGCAAUAUCGUCACCUUGCCAACAUUUCAGUUCUUCAUAAAAGGAGAAAAGAUUUUUGAAAUAACCAGUGCUAAUGCAAAAAAACUGGAAGCGAAGAUUAAAGAGCUGAUGUAA